AUGUCAUCGGACGGGGAGAAUGAUGACUUCUUCUUUGAGGAUGAGUAUGAUGAUGCUUCUGAUCAAGGUGAAAUGAUGGAAGAUAUCGAUUCUACUUCAGAGCCAGAUGUAUAUGAUGCGUUAUCUCCUGCUCUAGAAGAAGCACCUCAGAGAAAACCAUACGACGUGACUUGGAAAGUCAAGACACUUCAAGAGAUAAUCGAUAUGCAGAAUAAAGAGAUUACAAAAAUCCAAUCUGUGUUAGAGGUUCCCGCGUCAAGUGCUGCUAUCCUUCUUCGACAUUAUGUAUGGAACUCAGAGAAGCUUCAAGAGCAAUUCUGGAAUGAUCCUGCCUUUGCUCUGAAUGAAGCAGGUUUAUCACCUCCUUCAUCACCUUCCACGCGUACGAUACCACUGCCGCAAUCCCCUUCGAGACGUUCAAAUAGAUCUAUAAGAUCUGGUCCGUCUUCCCCUAUUAGACGCACGAGAUCUGUGGUGACUUCUGGUCCUUUCGAAUGUCCUAUCUGUUGUAUGGAGUUCGAUCAACAAGCAAUCAACAAACAUACUUACUCUAUGGGAUGCGGUCAUCGUUUCUGUAGAGAUUGUUGGACAGAAUACCUUUCUGGGAAAAUCAAGAGUGAAGGUGAAAGUGCAAAGAUACAGUGUAUGGAAAGUGGUUGUGGAAGAAUAGUGAGAGAGGAAGUCAUUGAUGAAUUGGUAGAAAAGGAUAUUUCGAAACGAUAUCAUAAUCUCCUCAACGCAGCCUUCGUGGCUGAUUCACCUAAUUUGAGAUGGUGUCCGCAUCCAAAUUGCGAGUUCAUCAUUGAGUGUUCACAAGCUCCAAGUAGAAUGCUUAAUCAGAUAGUACCGACUGUGGGAUGUAAAUGUGGACAUGACCUUUGUUUUGGUUGUGGAUACGCGGCAAGUCAUCGGCCAGUCCUAUGCAAGAUCGUCAAAUUGUGGGAGAAGAAAUGUGCGGACGACUCAGAAACUUCCAAUUGGCUGCAGGCAAAUACCAAGGAAUGCACCAAAUGUCAAUCGACUAUAGAGAAGAAUGGUGGUUGCAAUCAUAUGACUUGCAAGAAAUGUAAAUGGGAAUUCUGUUGGGUCUGUAUGGGGCCCUGGACCGAACAUGGCACAGCGUGGUAUCAAUGUAAUCGAUUCGAUGAAAAGUCCGGAAUCGAUGCAAGAGAUAAUCAAGCCAAGUCUCGAGCAAGUUUAGAGAGAUAUCUACAUUAUUUCAAUCGAUGGGCGAAUCACGAACUUUCAGCCAAACUAGACGCAGAGUUCUAUCAAAAAACUGAAAAGAAAAUGGAACAAAUGCAGAAUAGCGGAAACUUGUCUUGGAUCGAAGUUCAGUUCGCCAAACAAGCUGUCGAUGCUGUUAUCAAAGCUAGAACAACUUUGAAGUGGUCUUAUUGCAUGGCAUUCUAUCUGAAGCGGAACAACAUGACUGAGCUUUUUGAAGACAAUCAGCGGGAUUUGGAAAGAGCAGUCGAGAAUCUAGGUUAUUUGCUUGAACAAAACAUAAGUGAUACCGAAAGUAUCUCCAAGUUAAGACAAGAUAUCACAAACCAAGCAGCAUAUGUUCAGAAGAGACACGAUAUCCUUAUGGAUGAUACAUUGAAGGGAUAUCUCGAGCGACGAUGGGAAUUCACCGUUGAUAUAUGA